AUGCAGUCUAUAAGAGACCUCAAGCAUAAUUUCAGCCUCCCUCCUCCGCCUUCCAUGGCUGGAGCCGGUGACUCCUAUCACCAAGGCAACAUCCGAAUGACUCUGGAGGAUCCAGAGCUGUGGACGUCCUUUCAUGAGAUUGGAACUGAGAUGAUUAUCACCAAACCUGGAAGGAGAAUGUUUCCACACUGUAAAAUCAGCUUGUUUGGAUUGGUGCCAUAUGCAAAGUACAUUUUACUGGUGGACAUGGUGCCAGAGGAUGUACUCCGAUACAAGUGGAACAAGGACAAGUGGGAGGUUGCUGGCAAAGCUGAGCCCCAGCCGCCUUACAGGACGUACCUACACCCGGAUUCCCCUGCACCUGGCAGCCACUGGAUGAAGCAGCCAGUAUCAUUCCUCAAACUCAAGCUGACCAACAAUGCCCUUGACCAGCAUGGACAUAUCAUUCUCCACUCAAUGCACCGUUAUCACCCGCGAUUUCACAUCGUACAAGCUGAUGAUCUGUAUAGUGUACGCUGGAGCGUAUUUCAAACCUUCACCUUCCCUGAAACCACAUUCACCGCUGUUACCGCAUACCAGAACAAAAAGAUCACAAAACUGAAAAUUGACCACAACCCAUUUGCUAAAGGAUUCAGAGAUGAGGGUACAAACUCCAAAAGACGAGCAAACAGAAGUCUUGCUGAUCCAGAGUCUCUAGGGACUACAAAGAAGAUGAACAUUUCAAAAGAUUCUGAACAGGGAAGUCCACAAGAUAUCCGUCAAUCCUCCUGUGAUGGUCUGGAUGAAGAACAUGUGGCUAGUAAGGAGAAGGAGGUAAAGGGUGAACGGUACUCUCCGUGGGGAGGUGCAUGCGACAGGGACAGCGGCACCGGCCACGCCCUCCGUGCCGACUCUCCUCUGAGCUCGGACCCUCGAGAUGUGUACAGCUCAGAACAGCUCGUACCUGGACAGAAUGCAUACCAGCCGUACAGAUUUCAUGAAUAUGGCAAGACCCCCUCACCCUCCUCCUCCAGUGUGGGCAGCAUUGGUGGUUGUGAAAGUAGCGGCCACUCCAGUUUUGAGUCACGUGUUCCUGAUGUCGCCACUGUACCAGAUCCCGACUCUUCCAGCAAGCCCUCUGCCCCUGAGUUCAGCCACCCUGCCUGCCCACCUCACCCCUCCGCUGGGCACCAGGACUACACAGGGGUGCUGAACAUGGCCAUCGCUCAGUCUAAGCCAGGUAUAAUGGGCCACCAUCCCCUCUACGCCCCCUACUGUUCUGAACAGUCUCUGGGACAGUGGAACGGAGCAGCGUCCUCUCAGUACCCCCCACAUCCACCUCCUCACCAUCACCUACCCUCCGAGUACAGCACCCAGGCCGUACAUCACGGCUAUCACCAUGGAAACGUAGGGGACUGGAGUCAAUACCCACUCUUCUCUUACUGGUGA